AUGACCACAGUUUGUGCCAUCACUGCUACCCAAAGGAUUAUACAUGGCCUCUCUGGGAAGCUGUGGGGUGAUGGCCGUGGGGCUACCCAGGACAUCAUCCCUAUAUCUACUGGUGCUGCUAAAGCUGUGGGAAAGGUCAUCCCAGAACUGAAUGGGAAGCUCACUAGCAUAGCUUUCUACAUUCCUACCCCAAAUGUGUCUAUUGUAGAUCUGACAUGCUGCUUAGAAAAAGCUGCUAAAUAUGAUGACAUCAAGACAAUAGUGAAGCAGGCACUCAAGGACCCACUAAAGGGCAACCUGGGCUACACUGAGGACCAGGUUGUCUCCUAUGACCUUAACAGUGAUUCCCACUCUUCCACCUUUGGUGCUGGGGCUGGCAUGGCUCUCAAUGACAACUUUGUGAAGCUCAUUUCCUGGUACAGCAAUGAAUACAGCUGCAACAGCAGGGUAGUGGACCACAUGGUCUAUAUGGCCUUCAAGGAGUAA